AUGCUUGACCACGGCACCCUAGAUACAGGCACCGUUGACGAGGCCCACACGCGCCGCCACGCUAUGCGGCACUCGGCGGCCCACGUUAUGGCUGACUCGGUCCUUAAGCUGUUCCCCGAGGCGAAAAUGGGCAUUGGGCCUCCCACCCAGGACGGGUUCUACUACGACUUCGACGUCUCCCGUCCAUUCACACCGGAGGACAUGGAAAGCAUCGAGUCGCUGAUGCGGGGUGCCAUCGCUGGUUCCUUCCCCUUCGAACGGGAGGAAUUGACCCGCCAGAAGGCGCAGGAGCUAUUCGCCGAUCAACCGUACAAAUUGGAACUGAUCGAAGGACUGGAUGAAUCGGCGGUGAUUUCCAUAUACCGCCACAACGGCUUCGUUGAUUUGUGCCAGGGACCGCAUGUGGGCAGCACCGCCGAGAUCCCGGCGAUGAAGCUGCUCAGCGUGGCGGGCGCCUACUGGCGAGGCGACGAGAAGCGCCCGAUGCUGCAGCGGAUCUACGGUACCGCCUUCGAGUCACAGGACGAGCUGGACGAGCACCUAGCGAGGCUGGAGGAGGCAGAACGACGCGAUCACAGAGCGCUGGGGCGGCAGCUGGGCCUCUACACAAUCCAGGAUGAAAUCGGCCCAGGCUUGGUGGUCUGGCAUCCCAAGGGCGGUCGUGUUCGCUCGCUGGUCGAGGACUACUGGAAGGCCAUCCACUACCGACGUGGCUACGAUAUCGUUUACUCACCCCACAUCGGCCGCUCAACUCUGUGGCAGACCAGCGGGCAUCUGGACUUCUAUCGAGAAGGGAUGUUUUCGCCGGUGGAGGUUGACGAGCAGGAAUACUACCUGAAGCCCAUGAACUGCCCCUUCCAUAUCACCAUAUACCGCUCGGCCCUCCGAAGCUACCGCGAGUUGCCCCUGCGGUUCGCCGAACUCGGCACGGUCUACCGGUAUGAGCGCAGCGGAGUGCUGCACGGGCUUAUGCGGGUGCGUGGCUUCACCCAAGACGACGCGCACAUCUUCUGCCGCCCAGAGCAGGUCGAGGAAGAAGUCGGCGGUGUUUUGGAAUUGACCUUCGAACUGUUGGAGGCUUUCGGCUUCUCCGACUACAGCAUCGCUCUCUCCACCCGCCCGGAAAAGUACGUCGGCGACCUCGAAAUGUGGGAGCACGCCACCAACUCAUUGCAGAGGGCGCUGGAAUCACGCGAGCUUCCCUUCACCGUGGACGAUGGCGGCGGCGCUUUCUACGGCCCCAAGAUCGACAUCAACAUCACCGAUGCGCUGGGCGGGCCUGGCAAUGCACCACGGUCCAGUUCGACUUCAACCUGCCGGAGCGCUUCGACCUGA